AUGAUGGCUAGAUAUUUAAUGGACUUCAAAGGCCCAGACAAUAGACAGCAGGUCAUCCUACGAGAAGUCAUUGCACUUGAUGACGAAAGUGUGUAUGAUUCCUGGCCAGUUCAUGAGGCUAUACGAACCGGCGGUGAUUUAAUCGAGGCUUUAAAGGAAUCACCGGAAGAUAUCAAUAUACUUGAUCACGCUGGAAACACCCCUCUACAUCUUGCCGUGUUAAACUACGACGAUGCGGCGAUGCAAAUUUUAAUAUCCCAUGGUGCAAACAUGAAUUCUGUUGAUAUAUUCAGCGAUACACCGUUGAUAUCAGCAGCAAGAUAUUUAAAAUACGAUCAAGUUCGGGCUUUGAUCGAUAGCGGGUGUGAUAUAAAUUUGGUUGAUGAUUUUCAUCAAUCGGCUCUCUACUAUGCGAUAGCAUCUUCAUCAAAAGGAUCAGCAAAUCUUGCCAGUAUUCUCCUAUAUCACGGUGCUAGCACUUUUAAUUAUGAGGGGAAUGCAUUGCACUGGCUUGCGGUGAUUCAUGACGCGGCUGAUAUGGAGGAGAAGUUUAAUCUGCUUAUCAGUGCUGGGGUAAACGUCGAAGAGAAAAAUAUUUAUCACCGUACAGUUCUGAUGGAGGCGUUUUAUUAUAGAAACGGACAUAUGCUUCGCUUACUAGUUGGUGCUGGCUAUAGGUUCGAUGAAUUCCAAAGUAACGAGAACGCCUUGAUACAAGCUGCGUGGGAUGGUUAUGCAGAAAGUAUCGACAUCCUGGAACAAACCGAGUUCACAGCAGACGUGCGUAUGCAGGAUGAAGAUGGAUGGACACCGUUAGAAAUAUUUGAAUUGAGGAUGAGAGCUGAUCCGGUGAAAUAUGCAAUCCACCCUCUUCUAGAAGGCGAUAUCGAAUCAUUUUGGAAGUUGCUCCAGGGUGUCAGGGACCGCUACCUAACCGCCGAGAUUCAGACCUUGAAAAAGGUCAUCACGCAUAUCGAGGCCGAGGAAACUGAACUUGCGCGCGAGACUCUCCAAUCCGUUAUACAGGAAAAGAUAGGUUGGAAUAUUCCAGCUGAGUACAGGACCUUCCGAGCCAUCGACGUCCAGAUAAAGGAGGGGAUGACAGAGGCUGCUAUUGAAUCUCUGGAGGAAUUCAUUGAGGUUUCUGAGGAGAGGAUUGGCUCGCACCCUAAAGACAAUGACUAUUUCUACGAACCUGUUGAUGAAGAGGGACUAGUGAUCCAAGACGCGUACUAG